GUGAAGAGGACGGGUCCGCUUUCCUUUCUAUCUGAUGACUCGCCGUUUUUCUAUUAUCCAACGGGCUGAACCGUUGACCCAAGAUUAUUUUCGCACUCUCCAAUGGUUCGACUGAUCUCUUAUCUCCGCAGGCUAGCCGCAGGUCGUCAGUUCUCCCCAAUCUUUUACGCCAUGGUUCUCCCGCCAUCUCGGCGUCGUCAAGAAAGAUGCAGUUUGUGUAAAUGAAGUGGAGAUGCAGAGUUAAUUCGACUGAUGAGAAGCAGUAUAAACGCUUAUCAGUUUUAUCGCUCAAGGUCACUCUUGUAUUUUACGAUCGAAUAAUGUUUAUUAUUAGACGGAAUACCCGAAUAGAUCAGCUGGUGCAUCAAGUGUUUCGCCACGCUCCUCACCAGCCGAGUGUGCGAGACACCUAACUACCCAGCAUUUUUGCUCAAUGAACAGUAACUAUGGGUGCUGUUCUGAUCAAUCAACAUUUUAUCCUAUGCUAAAAUUUUACUGAAGAAAUAUUGACCAUAAUGGUGCAACAACGAGUACCAGGUCUGGAUGUGGGUGGCCGUGGUGGUCGUCGAUUUGUACUGACACUUGCUGCGGGAAUGGUUUGUGGGUUUCUUUCCGCUUGCUUGCUUCUUGCAGCGGCAAAUGAUGCUCCUCGCAUGUUUAAUUGGAUCACUGGCAGCUCUACGUUAUCUUCUAGAGAUCCUCAUCAUUACUCAGAUCUUGAAACAGAGGCAGGACCCGACACAGAGGUGAAGUUUCAUGGAGAUGACGAAGACUUUCAUAGAGGUGAAGACAAAGUCGCAAAAGAGCUGGCAAAAAAAGUUAGAGUCCUUUGCUGGGUGAUGACAGGGCCAAAAAACCAUCAGACAAAAGCCCGCCAUGUAAAAGCGACUUGGGGCAAACGAUGCAACAUUUUACUUUUCAUGAGUUCUGAAGAAGAUGCGAGCCUACCGACCGUGGCGCUUCCGGUAAAAGAAGGUAGGGAUAACCUGUGGGCCAAAACCAAAGCAGCUUUCAAAUACGCUUUCGACAAUUACAAGGACCAGGCUGACUGGUUUAUAAAAGCAGACGAUGAUACGUACGUGGUGGUAGAAAACCUGCGAUACAUGUUACAGUCUUACAGUCCCGAAGCUCCCCUGUACUUCGGGUGUAGAUUCAAGCCAUUCGUGAAACAAGGUUACAUGAGCGGAGGGGCAGGUUACGUGUUGAGCUCAGAAGGUCUGCGAAAAUUUGUAGAAAAUGGAUUAACGGACAAAACAAAAUGUCGUUCGGACAACGGGGGUGCCGAGGAUGUUGAGAUGGGAAAAUGUUUAGAAAAUAUAGGUGUACGUGCCAUGGACACUCGAGAUCCUCACGGUCGUGGACGCUUUUUCCCAUUUGUGCCAGAGCAUCAUCUGAUACCUAAUCACGUUGACAAAAACUAUUGGUACUGGAGGUACAUUUAUUACAAAACAAAUGAGGGUUUAGACUGCUGUUCCGAUAGUGCCAUAUCAUUUCACUAUGUAUCUCCAAAUAUGAUGUACGUACUUGAGUAUCUCAUUUAUCAUUUGAGACCCUAUGGCAUAUCGCACAGCAUCGAGAGUACUGUGAUGUCGCACUCGAGUGCUACACCUGAACACUAGUCCAAGAACAAAGUAAAAGAUUAAAUCAAAAGGUUAAAAGUCUUCGUCAUGCACUUUGGCAAUUAAUACUGCACAUGCACUAUAAUGUUACAUACUAGUCAUUUCGAGCCAACGAUUAAUUUUUCAUCUUUUUUCUUUUUACUUUUACUUACGUAUGUAAUCAGUGAGUACUUACAAUUCAUAACGAAACAAAUGAGCAAAAAGAUAAAAUACGUAUUGCGCUAAUCAAUUUGUGUUCAUGGUCAUCGUAUGAACCAUUAAAGACAGAGGGUAGGUAUUUUAAGGUAUGCAUUAUUGUUUUGACAAGCAUAAAUAGAAAGAAUUUAUCUUUUAGUUACUAUCGACGUACUGACAUACUAAACGUAUUCUUCUCCGAUUUGUCAACACAUUUUUUUUUUCACUUUUUGAUAGAGAGUUUAUGGAUAACGAAGAAAAAACAUUCAACCAGAUUGGUAGAAUUCUGCCUUUCUCUUUUAUGCUUGCAAAUCUGAAUUGCAAAACGCAGUUCAAAUGCAGAACGGACUAUAUAAUUAUAUAUACACAUAAAACUGUAUUUCGUAAUAUUAAUAUAAUAAUAAUAAUGAUAAUAAUCAUAAUAAUAAUAAUAAUAAUCCCAAUAAUGACAUACUACCCAUGUAAUAAAUACUAUAGAUACAGUGAGUGUGGGUGUGUGAGUAAAUUAAUUAAUUCAUUCAUUCAAUAAUUAGGGGGUUACGGGUUCCUAUGUACAGGUCAUAUUUGUACUAUGUGACCGACGCAGUUUUUCGAGCCCCCUUCUCCUCCCAUGUUUUCUCUCUUCAUAUCAAGUAUUUUAAUCGAUGAACGACCUUGAUCAAUUGGCUAAUCUCAGCGAUAACAUCGCUUUAUAAAUUAAUAAUAUAUAUAUAUAUUUUGUUAAAAAAACAAUAUUUUACACUACACGUAUGUUUACGGAGGUCGUCCAUGUUUAUUUUUUUUCUCUGUUUUUUAUUAUUCUAAUUUAAUUCGCAUACUUUGCAACGAUGCGCUUGAGAGUCUGACUAACGUGAUAACAAUCGACUCGUUGUCACGCGCACACGUCGCGUACUUGGGGCUUUUUUGAGGCAAAUAACAAAUUACCCCCGUAUUAUUAUUAUUAUUAUUUUUUUUUCGUUUCUUUACCUAUAUAAAAUUAUAAAACAAUGUAAUAUAUGUUAUAUUACUUGUCGCUAGCGUAAUAAAAUCCUUUGUACAAAAAUUUUAAUUUACAAUUAAAAACAUUUGGAUACGUAAA